GCUGCCUCUUGAAAUAUUACAGCCAUGACUAAGAGAGAAGCAGAAGAGCUGAUAGAAAUUGAAAUUGAUGGAACUGAAAAACAGGAGUGUACGGAAGAAAGCAUUGUUGAGCAAACUUACACCACUGCAGAAUUUGUGAGUCAGGCUAUUGAUAUCAAUGAACCAGUUGGAAAUCUUAAGAAACUGCUGGAACCAAGACUUCAGUGUUCCUUGGAAGCACAUGAAAUCUGCCUACAGGAUAUACAGCUGGAUCCAGAUCGCAGUCUCUUUGAUCAGGGUGUCAAGACAGAUGGAACAGUUCAACUUAGUGUCCAAGUAAUAUCUAGGCAAGGAAUAGAACCCAAGUUAAACAUCCUUGAAAUUGUAAAGCCAGUAGAAACUGUUGAGGUAGUGAUUGACCCAGAUGCCCACCAUACUGAAACUGAAGCACACCUUGUUGAAGAAACUCAAGUGAUAACGCUGGAUGGGACAAAGCACAUUACUACCAUAUCUGAUGAAACCUCUGAACAAGUAACUCGGUGGGCUGCAGCAUUAGAAGGCUACCGGAAAGAACAGGAACGCUUAGGAAUUCCCUAUGAUCCAGUACAGUGGUCAACUGACCAGGUCCUGCACUGGGUAGUAUGGGUGAUGAAGGAGUUUAGCAUGACAGAUAUAGACCUCAAUACUCUUAGCAUUCCUGGGAGAGAAUUGUGCAGUCUCAGUCAAGAAGAUUUCUUCCAGAGGGUCCCUCGGGGAGAAAUCCUUUGGAGCCACCUGGAGCUUCUCCGAAAAUACGUUUUGGCUAGCCAAGAACACUCUGGAGAAAUUGCAACAGUUACUAUUGACCAACCUGUGCAGAUCAUUCCAGCAUCUGUACAACCUUCUACCCCAACCACCAUUAAAGUUAUAAACAGUAGUGCAAAGACAGCUAAAGUACAGAGAGCACCAAGGAUUUCAGGAGAAGACCGAAGUUCACCUGGGAACAGAACAGGAAACAAUGGUCAGAUCCAGUUAUGGCAGUUUUUGCUUGAGCUUCUGACAGACAAAGAUGCUCGAGACUGCAUUUCGUGGGUUGGAGAUGAAGGAGAGUUCAAACUAAAUCAACCAGAACUAGUGGCACAGAAAUGGGGACAACGUAAAAAUAAGCCCACUAUGAACUAUGAGAAACUCAGUCGUGCUUUACGGUAUUACUAUGAUGGGGACAUGAUCUGCAAAGUACAAGGCAAGAGAUUUGUAUACAAGUUUGUCUGUGACUUGAAGACUCUUAUUGGGUAUAGUGCGGCAGAGUUAAAUCGGUUGGUCACAGAGUGUGAGCAAAAGAAACUGGCAAAGAUGCAGCUCCACGGCAUUGCACAGCCUGUUACAGCGGUCGCACUGGCCACAGCGUCACUGCAAACUGAAAAGGAUAACUGAGCACCAGACCUGGAAAGCUUGGAAGCAUGAGGCCUUUCUUGUAUACUGAGCAGUUUCUGGUCUUAAAAUGGGAGCUACUUCUAUUCCUUGGCAAUUCACUAUGAUGCAUGGUUUUUCUAUGAAGAACUGAGACUCCUAUUAAUUUGGAUCUUUUUCACUUAAAGGCAUAUAUUUCAUGUACGUUCAGGGCACUUCACAGUUUCCUCAACAUGAAGACAGAUCUUUUUGUGGCAAGUAGUCUGGGAUUGGUAAGAAACCCCAAAAUUGGUUUGUGUUAUGUCUCACCCUGCUGAUAAUUUCCAAGCAUUUUAAGAAAGUGAAACAUCUACGCAGCAUAAACUAGUUAAUAUACUGAAUUUAAUUUUCUGCAUUUCUUUGUUCUCAAACAGCCAGAUGGAAUGUAGUAUUUCCAUAUGUAGGGCAGGCUUCUGUUAACCAUGCUAGUCAUUGCCUAAGCAUGCCAAGUUGUUAAAAAAUG